GCUAAGAUCAAGUGUAGUAUCUGUUCUUAUCAGUUUAAUAUCUGAUACGUCCUCUAUCCGAGGACAAUAUAUUAAAUGGAUAUUUGGAAUUAGGAGAUGGAAUAGGAGCUUGCUCCGUCCACUCCACGCAUCGACCUGCUAUUGCAGUACUUCCAGGAACGGUGCACCCCCCUUCGGGGGAACAUUUUGGUUGUCAAAAAAAAGAAUACAAAGGUUUAAAUGUUUUCUUACUCUGAAACUUAACUUCAAACUGUUAGAAUUGAACGUCCGUGGUGGUUUUCUUUUGUUCAGCGGAUACAGCAUCCGUCUUUAAAUUGUAAUUCAAUUUUUUUAUUUGUAGUGUAGUUCUAGGUACUGGGUAGCGCUACGCUAUUUCGAAACUACGGUCAUGCGAUUCUUUAUCUAUUUUUCUCCAUUAACUGCUGUGGAAAACAAGAACUCAGUGACACCGUUUGAAACGCUGAACUAUCCAAGGAAUAAUAACAAAACCGAUAGGAUGUCAAGAGUUUUAACAAUACCGGGGUUGUUUUUUUUUUUUGUGGGAAACGGUAGGUGUCCAGGAUUUUUGUUUCCCAUGUCACGAAAUAAAUCUUAGUAUCACAGAAAACUCCUGUAGUCCCAUCAAACCACAGAAAACCGCGCUUCUUGAUUAAAUGGUGUUUUCAGCGCUUUUGGAGUUCCAGUAGUAGAAAUCCACGUUCUCUACCGCAGCUGACGCGGGUUUGAGUUUUAAUCCGCGCAGAUCUACUGGAGGGCCGCAACGACUUUGUUUUAAUGCCACAACUGUUGACUAGAGCUCGUGCUCAGUAGUAAGGAAAACUAUCGCGAUGAGAAGGUCGCGCACCACCAUCACAACAAGGCGUAAUUCUCGCUCACCGUCCGCGUGCAGGAAUGGAGACGCAGCACAAUCAAAAAUAAAGAAAGUAACUUCCUAGAAAAUCUUAAGAGAGAGUAGUAACUACUCUGAUAAAUUAAGUACAGAGUGGAGAAGCCAGAGCACCUCUGGACUGAGCUAGAUUGAGAGUGUUUUCUCGGAAAUGCAAAGUGAAGAGAAAUGGUGGAGUGUUACCCUCCGAAUUCCUACCACCAGUUCUGCACCGGAGCUGGAGAUCAAGCUUGCUUCUCUCUUGAGGAUUGAAAUCUGCCCGGCGAGGGCGGGGUGCUUUAUUUUCUGACGUACUUUAUUAUUAUUAUUAUUAUUUUUUGCGGUACGCGGGCCUCUCACUGUUGUGGCCUCCCCGGACAGGCUCCGGACGCGCAGCCUCAGCGGCCAUGGCUCACGGGCCUAGCCGCUCCGCGGUAUGUGGGAACUUCCCGGACUGGGGCACGAACCGGUGUCCACUGCAUCGGCAGGCGGACUCUCAACCACUGCGCCACCAGGGAAGCCCUGACGUACUUUAAAACAGCAAGAUUUCUGAGAGGCUUUCAUUUCAGGAAACAACAGUUCUCAGAAAUAUUACAUGAUGCUUUGGGGUAGGGAAACGGACUACGGCUGCCUGGACCCGGCAUCGCGGUUCAGUUAGGAUACGUUUCACUGGAAGUGUAAAAUGGUCAAGUUACUGUUCAGAUCUCCACAAGUUAAGUAUCUCCAGGCUUCAUUUUCGUAAAAGCGAAACCAACUGGCGCGGAAAGGGGAUUUUUUUUUUUUUUUACUCUUGCGGCUCUUUAAACUCCCAGAAACAGCAUUCCACUGGAUCGGACUCCGCGCGCACUGGUGACGCAGCUGUUGCGCCGGAAGUUAGAGCCGUGGGCUCCGGGACUCAGCUAUGGCUGCUGCGGCAGCACGCUGGAAUCACGUGUGGGUCGGCACCGACACCGGCAUCCUGAAAGGCGUGAACCUUCAGCGCAAACACGCGGCGAACUUCACGCCGUCGGGACAGCCGCGGCGCGAGGAGGCGGUGAGCGCCCUGUGUUGGGGCGCGGGCGGCGAGACUCAGAUCCUGGUGGGCUGUGCGGAUGGGACAGUGAAGCACUUCAGCACCGAGGAGGGCAGGUUCCAGGGUCAGAGGCACUGCCCCGGAGGGGAGGGCAUAUUCCGAGGCCUCGCCCAGGUCGACGGCACCCUCAUCACAUGUGUGGAUUCUGGGAUUCUUCGAGUCUGGCAUGACAAUGACAAGGAGGCAUCCUCUGACCCUCUCUUGGAACUGAGGGUGGGCCCUGGGGUGUGUAGGAUGCGCCAAGACCCAGCGCGCCCCCACAUGGUUGCCACAGGUGGGAAGGAGAAUGCUCUGAAGGUGUGGGACCUGCAGGGCUCUGAGGAGCCUGUGUUCAGGUCCAAGAACGUACGGAAUGAUUGGCUCGACCUGCGGGUUCCCAUCUGGGACCAGGACAUACAGUUCCUCCCUGAGUCACAGAAGCUCGUCACCUGUACAGGGUACCACCAGGUCCGUGUCUAUGAUCCAGCAUCCCCCCAGCGCAGGCCGGUCCUCGAGGCCACCUAUGGAGAGUACCCACUGACAGCCAUGACCCUCACUCCUGGGGGCAAUUCGGUGAUUGUGGGGAACACUCAUGGGCAGCUGGCAGAAAUUGACCUUCGGCAGGGGCGCCUACUGGUCUGUCUGAAGGGGCUGGCGGGCAGCGUCCGAGGGUUGCAGUGCCACCCUUCAAAGCCCCUUCUAGCCUCCUGUGGCUUGGACAGAGUCUUGAGGGUACACAGGAUCCGGAAUCCACGGGGCCUGGACCAUAAGGUUUACCUCAAAUCUCAACUGAACUGCCUCCUGCUGUCAGGCAGGGAUAACUGGGAGGAUGAACCCCAAGAACCUCAAGAGCCCAACAAGGUGCCCUCAGAAGACACAGAGACAGAUGAACUCUGGGCUUCCUUGGAGGCAGCUGCCAAGCGGAAACUCCCCGAUUUGGAGCAGUCCCAAGGCGCCCUCCAAACCAGACAGAGAAAGAAGAAGAGGCCUGGGUCCACCAGCUCCUGAAGAGCUUGUGCUCACGUUGUAAAUAAACAGCUUAAUACGUA